AUGCCAGAAGCAAGCUCGACCGAACACUUGCUACUCGACAGCCGUGUCCCACUGGACUCUAGCUUCCGAUAUGAUCGAGUUGACCACCCAAUGUUUGACCCGAUUCAUGAUUUUCAGCCUUUGAACAGCGAUCACAAUGGACAAUUUCUCACUACUGACUCGAAUAUACUCGACUUCCUACCAAUGUCCGCCCCGGAGCUUUGGCAUGACAGUCACAAUUCUGGCCAGGAUGCUUCUGGAUCUGUUUUGACACCAGACCUGAAUCCCAUGGGCAUCCCCUGUCCCACAACCCACUUCGACAUUCGCCUGACUCCCCAACAGCCCGCGGAAUCGGAGCACGCAGAAAGCCAAACAAGGUAUUAUUCGAUAGAUGCUCCAGCGGCCUUGGUGAGUAGCUUGGUGGACAUUUACUUCGAAAGAGUGCAAGCAUACUUGCCGUUACUCCAUCGUCCUAGGUUCUAUCAGCAGUAUGCGUCAGAACGAGGAUACAAUGAAUUGACCCCAGCAUCUGCAUUCCUGCUGUAUUCGAUGAUGUCAUUUUCGGCUCGCUACUCGUUAGAUCCAUGCUUUGAAGGUCAGGAGGAAAAGGAGCGAGGCGCAUCCUACGCACUCAAGGCACGACGUCUACUUGAUGAAGCCCAUGAACAUGCAGAGUCUGAAAUGUUCACACUGGAAUGGCUUCAAGGAUGUAUCCUGUGCGCAUACUAUCACCUUGCCAGCAAUCCAAAGCAAGCCACCGAGCUCUUGGUCGAUAAAUGCGUCCAAAUCGCGUACAGAUUAGGACUACAUGAAAUGGAUAUGGGAAAUGAUCAAAAUCCGUCGGACCAUCAUCAAAGCCAGUCAGCCGAAACUCUUCUAGCAGAGAUUUGGGUUACCAAAGAGGAACAGCGCCGGGCCUGGUGGUUGGUCUGGGAGCUUGACACAUUUCUCUCCGCGACUCUAUGUUAUCCUUCUACCAUCGACCGUUCAAGAAUGCACGUGUUGCUCCCAGUCUCAGAUGAAGCGUGGUUCAUGGAAAUGCCUGCCCCGUCUGCCUCAAUACACCCGGAGAUCUCAAUUUGCUGGAAGAGCUUACUGAAGUCACCCAACAGGAGCGAACGGGCAUGGUUCUUGGUCAGCACUCAUAUCGCCACACACAUCUAUGAACUUGGGCAGCGAGCGAAGGUCCGCGGGAAAGACAUCGAAGUCCUUGAAAGAGCCCGAUCAUCCUUUUACGUCACGUUUUACAAGGAGUUUGGCGAUAGUAUCAAGGACCCAACAUUCGAUGCCUCCAAUUAUGCCAGAAAGAACUGGCUGCUGUUGAGCCAACUGUUGCUAGAAUCGUAUGGCUAUAGGCCCUUGCCCUCCAUUUCACCCACUAAUGUAUUUUUUUUUUUUUUUUAG